AUGUCGCCCGAUUCUUCCGCGUUUUCUCCUUCUCGCGCAGUUUUUGGAAGGACCUUAUCUACUCGUCGCAGCCUCGCCCUCAGGGCCCUCUCGCUCGUGAGCUUUCCGGGAUCGUCAACCAUUACUCUGCUAGCAAAUCCCGGAGACACUGGCGGAGAUAUCGGCGGAGAUACCGGCAGUGGUGGCGAAAUUGGGGGAGGGGGCGAUGCGGGGGAAGGCGGAGAACCUGGCGGACCUGGCGGAGACGUCGGCGGCGAUCAGGGCGGUCCUGAGGGCCCCCCUGGUGGCGACAACGGGGAUACCGCCAGUGGCGGAGAUCCCGGCAGUGGCGGCGACGUUGGGGGAGGCGAGGACGGCCCGCCACCGAUCGGCGCUGGCGGAAAGGGAGGAAAGGGCGGAAAGGGAGGGAAAGGUGGAAAGGGCGGAAAUGGAGGAAAGGGCGGAAAGGGAGGGAAAGGGGGCAAGGGGGGAAAGGGAGGGAAACCUGGUAACCAGCAGGGUGGAGCUGGCGGAGAGCAGGGGGGAGCUGGCGGAGAGCAAGGGGGAGCUGGCGGAGAGCAAGGGGGAGCUGGCGGAGAGCAGGGGGGAUCUGGCGGACAGCAGGGAGGAUCUGGUGGAGAGCAGGGCGGGGCUGUUGAGGAGCAGGGGGGGUCAGGGGGGGCGGAUGGUAGCCAGACUGGGGGCAUAACGAGCACCGGAAAGGGCGGAAAGGGAGGAAAGGCUGGGAAGGGCGGAAAGGGUGGGAAAGGAGGGAAAGGGAGCAAGGGGGGAAAGGGAGGGAAACCUGGUAACCAGCAGGGCGGGCCUGGCGGAGAGCAAGGGGGAUCUGGCGGAGAGCAAGGUGGGGCUGGCGGAGAGCAGGGGGGAUCCGGCGGAGACCAGGGGGGACCCGGCGGAGAGCAGGGGGGAUCUGGUGGAGGGGCUGGCGGGGAGCAUGGUGGGGCGGAUGGUAGCCAGACUGGGGGCACAACGAGCACCGGAAAGGGCGGAAAGGCUGGGAAGGGCGGAAAGGGUGGGAAAGGAGGGAAAGGGGGCAAGGGUACGGUCCACACCACGUGCUUCAACCCUUGGCUAGAGCGGCUUCGCAUGCUGCCUGCUAAGUCAGCUACCAAGAGGAUGCUCCGUGCAUGGUUCACAUGGGGGGUCAUUGCAGCCUGCGUCGCCUUCCUAUUGGCCUCUCUGGUUCUUCUAUGGGACGGCCUUGUUGCUUCCCUCCUCGUCCCUCUCCUCCGCCACCUCUCCACCUCAUCCCAGCACCUAGCGGAACAGCAGCGCUUUUACCCUCACACCCACUCUCACAACCACUCUCACUACAGUCACAUCCCUUCUGCUGUAAACGCCUCUUUCGGACCUUCCUCUCCUGUCGUCGCCCUCUCUAGAGCAACGGGUGCUGCAGCGUCCCUUGCAGCACAGCAAGCGUCCCAUGCAGCACAGCAAGCCGUCCAAGCAGCAGAGCCACACCCCGCUGCCCCAGCAGAGCCAGCAACGUCCGCCACUCCUGCUGCGACCUCUUCCUCCCUGCAUCUUCUACAGCCUGUGCACAGCAAGCUGUCCAAGCAGCACAGCAAGCUGUCCAAGCAGCACAGCAAGCUGUCCAAGCAGCACAGCAAGCUGUCCAAGCAGCACAGCCACACCCCGCUGCCCCAGCAGAGCCAGAUGCGCAUGCUGCACGGCAAGCAACCGCCCCUGCCUCUGCUGCGACCCCACCAUCCUCGCUUCACGUGGUACAGCCAGUGGUGGUGA